GUCCGAAGCCGGAUACUGGUUUUGAUUAGUUGAAGCGUCUUUGCCCAGUUGUAGCGUCUAUAGAGAGAGAGAGAGAGACAGAGAGAGUGCAGUCUGAAAUUGGGGAGCGAAAGAGAGAGAGAGAUGGAGGUAGAGCUGGAACCGAGGGUGAAACCCCUGAGUUUCAAAAUCAAGGGCAUGUCCCGGGAAUCCCCCUCCCAGAAGGCCUCCCAUCUCCUCGACCCCGACCUACGGAAUCACUGGUCUACUGCUUCCAAUACCAAGGAGUGGAUCUUGCUCGAACUCGAUGAGCCAUGCUUGCUGUCUCAUAUAAGGAUUUAUAAUAAGUCGGUUUUGGAAUGGGAAAUUGCAGCUGGCCUGCGUUACAAGCCCGAGACAUUUUUAAAAGUUCGUCCACGUUGUGAGGCACCUAGACGGGAUAUGAUGUACCCCAUGAACUACACUCCAUGCCGGUAUGUGAGAAUAUCUUGUCUGCGGGGCAAUCCAAUUGCUAUUUUCUUCAUUCAGUUGAUUGGGGUUUCAGUUAGUGGCCUUGAGCCGGAGUUUCAACCAGUUGUUAAUCACCUGUUGCCGCAAAUUAUAUCCCACAAACAAGAUGCUCAUGACUUGUAUCUCCAGUUGCUUCAAGACAUAACAAACCGGUUGGUUGCAUUCCUUCCCCAACUUGAGGCUGAUCUUAGCAGCUUUUCGGAUGACCCGGAGCUCAAUCUGCGCUUCCUUGCCAUGCUUGCGGGCCCUUUUUAUCCGAUUCUUCAUAUUGUGAAUGAAAGGGAAACUGCUAGGUUGGCAGGAAAUACUUUGGACUCUGAAGCUCCUAAGAAUAGCCAGCCAUCAUCAGCUUUAACUGUUUCGUCAAAUUUUGAGCCAAGGAGAUCACGUAGUACAUCACCUUUCUCCUUGCCCACAGCAAGUUCCAUAGUGUUCCGUGCCGAUUCAAUCUUUAUGUUGCUGAGGAGGGCAUACAGAGAUUCUCAUCUGGGAACCUUUUGCAGAAUGGCUUCUAGAAUUCUGCUAAAGUUCAUAGAGCCCCUAAAGUUGCAACAAGGUUCUGUCCCUUCAUCAGACAAAACAUGUCCUCUGGAUGAGGCGUCAAAAUCUGAACUAUCUAAUCCUCCUCCUUUAGUUGAUUACUCAAACUUGUUUGGGGAGGAAUUCCGGAUACCUGAUGAUUAUUGGGACACCAUCUAUCUUAGUGUGUUAGAUGUUGCUGCAGUUGAAGAAGGGAUAUUACAUGUUCUGUGUGCCUUUGUAUCGCAGCCUUUGCUCUGUAGCAAGUUGGCAGAUAGCAUGUCUGACUUCUGGUCCGCCUUACCUCUUGUACAAGCUUUAUUGCCAGCUCUUCGUCCUAAUGUCGUCGGCUCUGAUCACGUGGAUGAUAGUUUCUCUCAAUGGAAGCAACCUUCUGUGCAACAUGCUCUAUCUCAGAUUGUGGCAACAUCUUCUUUGCCAGUAUUUCGACCACUGCUCCAAGCUUGUGCUGGCUACUUGUCAUCGUUUUCUCCAUCACAUGCUAAAGCUGCAUGUGUUCUCAUCGAUUUGUGCUCUGGGGUGCUGGCCCCAUGGAUGGCUCAAGUGAUUGCUAAGGUGGACUUGACUCUGGAGCUUCUCGAGGACCUUUUAGGUGUAAUCCAGGGUGCUCACCGUUCCUUAGCUCGUGCUGCUCUUAAAUACAUUAUACUGGCUCUGUCAGGGCAUAUGGAUGACAUAAUCGCAAAAUAUAAGGAUGUUAAGCACCGGAUUCUCUUUCUUCUGGAGAUGUUCGAGCCUUAUCUUGAUCCUGCCAUAACCCCUAUGAAGAGCCCGAUUGCCUUUGGAAAUUUGUCUCCAGUUUUCCAGGAACAGCAGGCACAGACCUGUGGAAUUGCAAUAAAUGUAAUUCGCACAGCAGUAAGAAAGCCUGCUGUUCUCCCAUCCUUAGAAUCCGAAUGGAGGCGUGGUUCAGUUGCUCCUAGUGUACUUCUCUCAAUAUUGGAACCUCACAUGCGGUUACCUCCUGAAAUUGACCAUUGCAAGUGUCCUGUUGCAGAGCCUCUGGGGCAAGAGACAGUGAAUGUUUCACCUCUAUCUUCUGUAACUCGCUUUGGAGGAGCCUCUUCAAAAUUAGUUAACCAAGAUGAUGCUGAUGGAAAGACAGAUGUUGCUGAUACCAGCUCGAAGAUGGAUAUUUUUGAAGAUGUCAGUCUUUUCUUUGCACCCUCAGAAUUGAGGAACAUGGCAUUGACUUCUGUUUCUGGCAGCCCUGAUAGAAAGACCUUAGAUUUGAAACGUAGGACUAUCAGCGCGGAAGAUAAACGUGUAGUGGAGAGAAAUUUGAAUAAUCUGGUGAACAAUGGGUUGUCAUUUGAUGCUGGUGGUUGUUCAGCAGAGUACUUCAAUUUGCAUGCAGAUUGUAUGCAACUUAUAAAUUAUCGAGAUUGUGAGUUGCGGGCCACUGAGUUUCGGCGUUUGGCUUUAGACUUACACUCGCAGCAUAAGAUUACUCCUGAGGGUCAUGAUGCUGCUUUAGAUGCUUUGCUUUUGGCAGCCGAAUGUUAUGUGAAUCCUUUCUUUCUGACGUCCUUCCUAGACGCUCCAAAGGUUCCUAAUACGAUGAAGACUAGCGAGAUGGAAAACCCAGAAAAACAUGAUUUUGCAGUGGUUAACAGUGUUUUGAAAAAGAACGACAACGACUUGGAAACGGUAGCUUUUCUUGAAAGGAGAAGGGACAAAAUUGUGCUUGAAAUUUUGCUUGAAGCUGCUGAAUUGGACAAGAGAUAUCAGAAAACUGUGUCAGAGAGGGAAUUAUCUCCCAUUUAUGCUGAAGAAAAUGAAGAAGUCGUAAAUCUGUCCCAGCAUGACAUACUGUCUGCAGAUGCUGUCACCUUGGUUCGACAGAAUCAAGAAAUUUUGUGCAAGUUUCUGAUUCAACGUUUGCAGAAGGAGCAACACUCAAUGCAUGAAAUACUUAUGCAAAGCCUUCUAUUUUUGUUGCAGUCAGCAACUAAACUCUUCUGCUCUCCUGAAGAUAUUGUUGAUAUCAUAUUAGGGUCUGCUGAGCACUUGACUGGGCUGCUUAUAUCUAUUUAUCAUCAUUUCAAGGAAGGGAAUUGGCAGUUGGAUUCAGGGAAGGUACAUGAGGUACAACGUCGGUGGAUGCUUCUUCAAAGACUGGUAAUUGCUUCAAGCGGUUGCGACGAGGCCCCCGCCUUUCCAACUGAUGUCAAUAAUGGUUUUCGGUUUGCGAAUCUAAUUCCCUCUGCAGCCUGGAUGAAGAAAAUACCUACUUUCUCCUCUAGUAUUUCCCCUCUAGUUAGGUUUCUUGGUUGGAUGGCAGUAUCUCGUAAUGCUAAACAGUAUCUGAAGGAUCGGCUCUUCCUUGUGUCAGAUCUGUCACAGCUGACAUACUUACUCUCUAUUUUUGGAGAUGAGCUUGCUCUAGUAGAUAACAUUGCUGAAGAGAAAGAUGAGAAAAAGGUCCAACCAGUUGUCCAAGAUGACAGAAGUAUCAAAAAUGGCUUUGAGAUUCCGAGUCAACAGAAUGCAGACAAAUCUUUUCAAGCCAUAUACCCUGCUAUUAGUCAGUUCUUUCCCAGCAUGAGAAAACAAUUUGAAGCAUUUGGAGAAAUUAUCUUGGAGUCUGUAGGAUUGCAGUUGAGAUCUCUUUCAUCAAGUGUCGUGCCAGAUUUGUUGUGUUGGUUUUCUGAUUUAUGUUCAUGGCCUUUUUUCCAGAAAGGCAAGGACCAUUUUUUAUACCAGAAUAAUUCUAAUUAUUUUAAAGGUUUUGUUGCAAAGAAUGCAAAGGCAAUCAUCCUAUACACACUUGAAGCCAUCGUAAUUGAACACAUGGAAGCUAUGGUGCCUGAAAUCCCACGAGUGGUACAAGUGCUUGUAUCCCUAUCUAGAACCUCAUACUGCGAUGUGUCGUUUCUGGACUCUGUAUUGCGGUUGUUAAAGCCAAUAAUCUCAUAUUCUCUGAAUAAGGUGUCUAAUGAGGAAGAAUUAUUUACUGAUGAUUCCUGUGUCAAUUUUGAGUCUCUGUGCUUUGAUGAGCUUUUUACUAAUGUGAGAGAAAGCAAUGAGAAUGAAGGUUCUCCGGGUGAAAAAGUAUAUAGCAGGGCACUAACGAUAUUUAUUUUAGCUUCUGUAUUUCCUGAUUUGUCCUUCCACCAUAAAAGGGAAAUUCUGCAGUCUUUAAUGGUGUGGGCUGAUUUUGCUACUUCUGAGCCAACAACUUAUUGUCAUGAUUACCUAUGUGCAUUUCAGACUCUAAUGGAAAGUUGCAUGGUUUUGCUAGUUGAGACUUUAAGAGUCCUUGGUGUUAUUCCACUGAAGGUGCCCCUGCAUUGUGAUGUAAAUGCUGGUGUACCUGCUGAUAAUAGCUCAGAAUCACAUUUCGUGUUUCUUGAUGAGGUCUGUCAGAGCCCAUGUGCAACUGAGAUGUCUGAGAACCCAGAACGCAACAGUUUUGAUGGUGUGAUCUCACAACAGAAGGUUUGUCAUUUAGCUGUUUCAGAAGUGGAAGACUUUUCUAAAGACUUGGAGGGACUCAUUUCCAAGAUUAAUCCUACUAUUGAGCUCUGUUGGAAGAUUCAUCAUCAGUUGGCGAAGAAGCUAACUCUAGCAUCAGGACAAUGUUAUGUUUACUCGAGAUGCUUAUCUUCAGUUGCACGUAAGGCUUCCAUUUCUGCUCUGGUAGAGGACGAGAGUAUCCUUCCAUCUAAAUCAGUUGACCAAUUCACGGAUAAUUGGAAGAUUGCUCUGGAAGGACUCGCUGAAAUGAUUAUUGUGUUGCAAGAAACCCACUGCUGGGAAGUUGCAUCUGUUAUGUUCGAUUGUCUACUUAGAGUCCCUCGAUGCCUUUCUCUUGAUAGUGUGAUUGGUAUAGUCUGUACUGCAAUAAAGAAAUUCUCCUAUAGUGGACCGACCAUUGCUUGGCGUUUGCAGACUGAUAAGUGGUUGUCACUUUUAUUUGCAAGAGGUAUCGAGAGCCUUAACGAUGGUGAAAUUCCUUUGGUCAAUCUGCUCUGUGCAAUGCUUGGUCAUGCAGAGCCAGAGCAACGCUUUAUAUCCCUUCAGCACUUGGGAAGACUUGUGGGCCAGGAUGUGUACAGUGGGAAAACAUUAUUAUCCUCUAUAUCUCGCGAGAACCCUCUAGUUUUCGUCUCUGAGCCAAUUUUGAAGCCUCUCGUUUCAAGCACAUGGGAUUGUGUGGCCGUGGUGGCAUCAUCUGACACGUCGUUACUUUUAAGAACUCGUGCAAUGUUACUCCUUGUUGACUAUGUUCCUUUUGCUGAGAGGCACCAGUUACAGUCUCUUCUUGCAUCAGGUGAUACUGUUCUUUAUGGUUUGGGAAGAUUUGCACAUGUGACAUGUGAAGGCCCAUUAGUACAACUUUCGUUAGCAAUCCUAGCCAGUGUUUGCCUGCACUCUCCUGCUGAAGAUAUUUCUCUAAUUCCUCAAGUUGUUUGGAAAAACAUUGAAACUUUGGGGAUGUCAAGUAUUGAAGGAAAACCUGGGGAGCUUGAAAAGAAAGCCUGCCAAGCUUUGUGCAGACUGAAAUAUGAAGGAGAUGAGGCGAAAGAGGUCAGUAGUUAUAAAGAGUACCUGAAAGAAGUGCUCUCAUCAAGUUCUUCAAAACAAGUGAACCUGGAUUUUGGAAGUACUCGUGAAUCAAUUCUUCAGGUGCUUGCCAAUUUAACUUCUGUUCAGUCAUACUUUGAUUUCUUCUCCAAGAAGAUUGACCAAAAGGUUACGGAGUUAGAGGAGGCUGAAAUGGAACUUGACCUUCUCCAGAAAGAGCAGGUGGUUCAGGAAUCGUCUCAUGAUAGCAAAGAAUGGUGUCAGCAUCCCUUUGUAGCGACUCCUGCGAAAGAUGAUGACCGUCUUCAGAAAAUCAAGGACAGCAUUCGAUCUUUAGAAAAGUCUAAACUCAAAGAAGAGAUAAUAGCCCGCAGGCAAAAAAAGCUUCUUAUAAGACGUGCCCGUCAGAAGUAUUUGGAAGAGGCAGCUUUACGAGAAGCAGAACUACUUCAAGAACUUGAUAGUGAGAGGACAAUAGAAGUGGAAAGGGAAGUUGAGAGACAGAAAUUGCUGGAACUUGAGCGCGCAAAAACGAGAGAGCUUCGUCACCAGCUUGACAUGGAGAAAGAGAAGCAAUCACAGAGGGAACUCCAACGUGAACUAGAGCAAGUUGAAUCUGGACUUCGGCCUGCACGACGGGAGUUCCCUACCUCAACUCAUAGUAGUCGGCCUCGGGAAAGAUAUCGUGAAAGAGAAAAUGGAAGAUCGAGUAAUGAAGGCAACUUAAGAGCAAUGAGUGGCAGCUUGCAGACAGAGACUGGCACCAGCAAUUCUUCUUUGACAAAUAUGCCCUCAGUUGUUCUUGCCGGAUCUCGGCCUUUUUCAGGCCAAGUUCCUACAAUUCUGCAAUCGCGUGACCGUUUAGAUGACGGUGGCAGCAGUUAUGAAGAAAAUUUUGAUGGAAGCAAGGACUCGGGUGACACAGGGAGUGUUGGGGAUCCAGACCUAGUGUCUGCAUUAGAUGGACAGCCAGGUGGGGUGGGGUCAGCUCAAAGACAUGGACCAAGAGGGAGCAAGCCGUCUAGGCAGAUGAUUGAGCGGAGAGAACGCGAUGGUAGGCGCGAAGGAAAAUGGGAGAGAAAACAUUACUAAUAGUAGUAGAAACUGUAAAUUAUUUUGUAAGAUUGAGAGACGUGCAUAGAGCAUAGAACGUGUAAUGUAGCUGAAACUUUUGUAAUGUAACUGCAAGUGAUGUGAUGUGUUGAGCUUGAGAAAGUGAGAAUAUUGUGGAAUACAUGUUUGUAGAGCAGGUUGUAGCUGUUAUAUAAACCCAUGUAGACUCUUGCAACAAUUGUUUAACCAGUCUUUAUGAUUUGAUUUUAUUUCGAGUACGGAA